CGCAGCAUCGUAUCCCACCAUCCCGUCCUUUGGAAGCGUUUGGAGCUGAAGUUGUUCGCACACCGGGGUAAUUGUGGGUCGGUUGAAGGGCUUCACAAGAGGAUAAGCAAACACCAGACUGACUCACCACAAUGGCAGCAAUUCUCCUGCGGUCUGUAUUAAAUAAGCAGGCCCCCCUCCAACUGGGUCGCAUGUGCUACUCCUCCUCGGUGCCCACCACUAAGCUGUUCAUCGAUGGCAAGUUUGUCGAGUCCAACUCAUCUGAAUGGUUAGACAUUCACAAUCCUGCCACUAAUGAAGUGGUGGGACAUGUUCCCAAAGCUACUCAGGAGGAGAUGCUGGCAGCUGUGGAUUCCUGCUCCAGAGCCUUUAAGUCCUGGUCUGAGACCUCCAUCCUCAGCAGGCAGCAGAUCUUCCUGCGCUACCAGCAGCUGAUAAAAGACAACAUUAAAGAACUGGCGAAAAAAAUCACCUUGGAACAGGGCAAAACUCUUGCUGAUGCAGAGGGAGAUGUAUUUAGAGGACUGCAGGUGGUCGAGCAUGCCUGCAGCAUCACAUCUCUUAUGCUUGGGGAAACCUUGCCCUCCAUCACCAAGGAUAUGGACACUUACACAUACCGUCUACCCCUUGGAGUUUGUGCCGGCAUCGCCCCUUUUAACUUCCCCGCCAUGAUUCCUCUGUGGAUGUUCCCCAUUGGAAUGGUAUGCGGCAACACGUACCUGAUGAAGCCCUCUGAGCGCGUCCCAGGCUGUACAAUGCUUUUGGCCAAACUGCUCCAAGAUGCUGGGGCACCAGAUGGUACACUCAACAUCAUCCACGGGCAGCAUGCAGCUGUGAACUUCAUCUGUGACCAUCCGGCAAUCAAAGCCAUCAGUUUUGUGGGAUCCAACCAGGCUGGAGAGUACAUCUAUGAGCGUGGCUCCAAGAACGGCAAGAGAGUGCAGUCCAACAUGGGUGCCAAGAAUCAUGGUGUGGUCAUGCCUGAUGCCAACAAAGAGAAUACGAUCAACCAGCUAGUGGGUGCUGCUUUUGGAGCCGCCGGCCAGCGCUGCAUGGCUCUCUCCACGGCUAUCUUUGUUGGGGAGUCCCGUGAAUGGCUCCCGGAGCUGGUGGAGCGCUCCAAAUCACUGCGUGUAAACGCCGGCGAUCAGCCUGGGGCAGAUGUGGGUCCCCUGAUCUCUCCUGAAGCCAAGGCCAGGGUGGAGUCUUUGAUCCAGAGCGGGGUGAACGAAGGUGCCAAGCUGCUGCUGGAUGGGAGAAAGGUUCACGUCAAAGGAUAUGAAAACGGAAACUUUGUAGGACCCACCAUCUUAAGCAAUGUCACGUCGGACAUGAAAUGCUACAGAGAGGAGAUCUUUGGGCCUGUUCUCGUCAUCCUGGAGGCUGACACUCUUGAUGAUGCCAUCUCUUUAAUUAACUCAAACCCGUAUGGAAAUGGCACCGCUAUCUUUACCACCAACGGAGCAACGGCACGCAAAUACACACACGAGGUGGACGUUGGCCAGAUUGGUGUGAAUGUACCCAUCCCUGUCCCCCUCCCCAUGUUCUCCUUCACCGGCUCUAGAGGUUCUUUCAGAGGAGAUACCAACUUCUACGGCAAGCAGGGAAUUCAGUUCUUCACUCAGAUCAAGACUGUUACCUCACAGUGGAAAGCUGAAGAUGCAACUCUAAAAAGCCCGGCUGUUACCAUGCCAACCAUGGGACGCUAAGCUAAAAAUGACUGUACAUCCAUCAUUGUUUCCAUACAUGCCUUAAGAAGAAGCCCAAUGAUGGUUUGGAAAAAAGGUUACAUGUCAUUUUCAAAGCUGACAAACAUUCAAACUGGAUAUUUUUGAGAGAGAGAUUGAUUAGAAUUUUUGAGCAUCUUCCAUUAUAUAAACACAAAAGCACAAAUGACACCUCUUUAUUUCUGUUAGUCCUAAGGAAGAUAAACUGCACUUAUGCGCCGAGUGACACAGAGUAAUUUUGUGGGUUUGUUGUAUUUUUACACUUAUUUUCUACUCAUUUCCGGUGCUGUCCAGACAAGAUCAUGAGUUAAUAAUGGUCAAUUUCCUAAGCCAUUGAAGGCUCUGGCAUCAAAUUUCUCAAAAGGGCCUGGGAUUCUGUCAAGCAGCAACAGAAAUCAUCUUGAAUUGUGAAUGGAACGAAUGUCAGAAAGUGGACACAACCACCUCUUUGCUCCAUUAAACCUGAAAGAGUUUUGCAGCUUCUAUCCUGUACAUGUGUUUUGUCCUAGUAGUACAUUGUUGGGGAGGAGACUUGGAUUAGUUUGUGUGUCAGAUUUACAGUUGUGUCUUGUCCAUUGAAAAUACUACUUCUGGUCAUGAAUGGUGUAAUAAAAUAGAAUGUUAUUCACUUGAAAUAUAAGAAUCUAAGUUAUUAUGAUAAAAUAUCUGGGAUGAAACUGUUAGCAGUGGUGCAGUUACAGAAUGUACAAGACAUAUUUUCCUUGCCUUCCCUGUGACUUGGGAGAUAACAGUGAAGUUACGGUUUUAAUAAAGACAGAUUUAUGUG